AUGACGGCAGCAUCGAGCCGUGUCCAAUCCGUGGCCGCAACGAUAGCGGCAACCGCAGCCAUUGUUGGGGCAAUAAUCUACCUUGAUGUGCCGUCCUGGGGACGCCAGAAAAUCAAGACACGUAAAGUCACGACAAGGAAGUUCGCGGAAGAUGAUCCUCCAUCUUUGGUAGCUUUCAAGACACUGGUUGAGCAGAGUACACUCCAAGGCACCUACCCGCUGGCGAAAGACAUUCAGAAGAACAUUCCGAUAUACGAUAGUGCAGCUUUCGAUAUUUCCAACAUCGACCAGAUUGAGAGACUCCAAGAUGAGCUAUACCAUGUGCUCACCAGUGGACCGGGUGUAUACGUCCUGAAGAACUUCUUCACAGAUCUCGGUCCCAUCGACUCGGCCAACGAAGCCUACGCCGCGAUCAUAUCUCGUGAAGAGCAGGCCGCUGGAACUAAGGGCGAUCAUUUCGCAGCUGGAGGCGCAAACAGCAGAAUCUGGAAUUCAUUCUCAAAACACUGCCUCCAGGAUCCGGAAAGCUUCGUCAAAUACUUCAGUAAUCCUUGGUUCAAAGUCGUCUGCGAAAGCUACUUAGGACCAGCAUAUCGCCUUACGAGCCAAGUCAACAUCGUAAAGCCUGGUGGCAAAGCGCAAAACCCGCACAGAGACUACCACAUUGGCUUCCAGACAACGGAAGACGCAGCACGAUUCCCUAAGGCUAUGCAUCCCGCAAGCGCACUUUUGACUCUACAAGGCGCAGUAGCGCAUUCGGACAUGCCACUCGAGUCCGGUCCAACGCGGUUCUUGCCAUUCAGCCAAAUGUUCGAACAAGGAUUCAUGGCAUAUCGAAGACAAGAGUUCAGUGAAUACUUCACGCAGAAAUGGGUGUCGCUGCCUUUGGAGAAAGGCGAUGCUGUGUUUUUCAACCCUGCACUAUUUCACGCAGCAGGUGAAAAUCACACAAAGGACUUCAAUCGCAGCGCCAAUUUGAUUCAGGUAUCGAGUGCUUUUGGCAAGACGAUGGAGGCGAUUGACUCUCUGCCACUUGUUGAGGCGACUUUCGAUGAGUUGAAGGCAAAGCACAGCGCUGAGGGACACAGCAUCGAGGUCGAUGCUUAUAUCCGUGCUGUGUGUGAGGGGUACCCAUUUCCUACCAACCUUGAUCGCAGACCGCCAGCACCUGGUGGUAUGGCACCUGAGAGUGAGCAGGAUAUCUUGCGGAGAGCUGUCACUGAGGGCUGGUCCAAAGAGAUCGCGGUGGAAGCGAUCGCGAAGAUGAAGGACGAUUCGAAGGAUCAUGGGUUGGAUCUGUAG